AUGAAGGACCUGCUCAGGGCAUUAAUGAAUGCAGAGAUUCGUGGAAAUCUUCCUAGCCAAUAUUUCGCCAACUUUGUCCGCGGGUUUAGCUGGCCAUCACAGCGAGCGCACAUCAUUCUGGAUGGUCACCGGGUCGGCGGACUCAUCAACAUCCUAUCAAAAGCCAAAGACAAAAAUCUUAUCGGCACUAAAACGCUAGGGAGUUUAUGUAAAGAGAUGGUCUUAAACACAAGCAUGCAGACGGCGAAUUUUGAUCGUAUGCUAUGGGUGCCUGGAAAGCUGCUCACUCACAAAUCGAUAGGCAUCGAUGAAACAGUCGUCCUUGAAUGUGUGGGCACUUUCGUCAAUGGCCUCCAGGGAAGGAAAGCAUACUUGACAACUUUUUUAGGUUUCAAAAACAACAUCUACAAAGCCGCUCAAGAAAAUGAGUUCGGGUUUGGGAAAAAAACCGCGAAGCUUGCGGUCAAAGCUCUUUUCCCAUCCCUCAAAGAAACCAUCACAUUCCUAGAGAAGGACGAUCAAAACAAACGACAGAAGACAGGUCGGAGCACUGUCUCAAGCCGAACUACUUGA